CUUAAUAGAAAAAAAUGCAUUACAGAUAUGUUGAUAUUAGCCAUGCUAAAAUAAUACCCUUUUUCUUAACAGUUCCCCGAGAGCUCCAGUGCUUUGUUUCCUGCUUACCAUCCACAUCCCCAAAUGCCACCAUGCCCAUCAUCAGCAAUGCCAACCAUGAUUUUAGCAAUCUCUCAGUCAGCACAGACGACAGCAGCCUUGACUUGUUUUUCACGGAAAUUCCAGAGACCGAAACCAUCAAAGGCGUGUACUUUCAACGGGCCCAGAGACUAGACAACAUCCCGGCCUUCAGAGAUGUCGACCACAGUAAACUAGCCCUCAUCAACGUCGGAGGAGACCGCUACACGUUUCCUUGGAGCACACUGGAGGAGUUCCCCCUCACUCGUUUGGGACAGCUGCGUCACUGCAGCGGCCCGGAUGAUAUCGCCCAGCUUUGUGACGAUUACGAUGAGGCCCGGAGAGAGUUCUUUUUUGACCGCAGCUCGGUGGCCUUCCGGGUCAUCUUAAACUUCCUGGCUGCGGGGAAACUGAGGCUGCUGCGGCAGGUGUGCGCCGUGUCGCUGUCUGACGAACUCAACUAUUGGGGCAUUGACCCUGUUCACAUGGAGCGCUGCUGCCGGCGCAAGCUGUUGUCCCGUGUGGAAGAAGUAGGAGAGAAGAAAAGGAAGGAGGAAGAGAGGAGGCAGAAAAGGCUGUCCCUACAGAAGCCUUUAGCGCGGGAGAAGGGCUACGUCUGGUUCAUGAACCAGCUGCAAGAAAUAGUGGAAAACCCUCAUUCUGGCUGGCUUGGAAAAAUCUUUGCUUGUUUCUCGGUGGUCAUGAUUGCUGUGACAGUUAUCAGCUUGUGUAUCAGCACCAUGCCUGAUCACGAUAACAGGGGCGAAUGCACAGAAAAAUGCCGCAACAUAUUCAUAGUGGAAACGGUGUGCGUGGCCUGGUUCUCCAUGGAGUUCACGCUGCGCUUCCUGCAGGCUCAAAGCAAACUGCAGUUCGUCCGAAAUCCGCUUAAUAUCAUAGACGUCAUAGCCAUUCUGCCAUACUACAUUUCCUUGGUUGUCGAUAGCGAAGAUGAAUCCGAAGAAGCCGAGCUCAACGGCGGCGGCCGUGGAUAUUUAGAUAAGCUGGGUUUAAUUCUGCGAGUCAUGCGGGCCCUGCGAAUCCUGUAUGUGAUGCGACUGGCGCGGCACUCGCUCGGCCUUCAGACGCUCGGCCUUACGAUACAGCGGAGUAUGCGAGAAUUCGGGCUCCUGCUCCUCUUCCUCUGCGUGGCUGUGGCUCUGUUCUCACCUCUCGUGCAUCUGGCGGAGAAAGAAUUCACGAAGGGCAAGCCAGCUGGGCCCCACAGCUUCAGCAGCAUUCCCGCUUCCUAUUGGUGGGCCAUCAUAUCCAUGACGACGGUCGGCUACGGUGACAUGGUGCCGCACAGUUUACCUGGCCAGGUCGUGGCCUUCAGCAGCAUACUAAGCGGAAUCCUUAUCAUGGCUUUUCCGGCUACUUCUAUCUUCCAUGUGUUUUCUCGUUCAUACCACGAGCUGAAGCGUGAACAUGAAAUGAUCUGUAAAGAGGAUGCUAGAGAGGACGCCCAGAGAGUGCUGGAGAGACCGUCUUUUUCUUGGGCCAGCAAUAACAGUAAUAGUCAACACAAGGGCAAUGGCACAACUUCCGGUCAGCCAGCUGACAUUUGAUCUAUGAUUCGCGUGUCUCUUUGCACUUUGUUGGUCGUUUUAUUUUCUACAUGCGAUUCUGAAUCUGUCGGAAUGUGAUUUCUGUCAA